AUAAAUAUCACACUGAAAAAAUAUUUUUAACACAAGAAAAUCGAAACAACAAAUAAGAAAUUUUACAGUUUUCUUCAUCUUGCUCGAUCCUCUCCUUCAUCCAUCAUUCCUUCCUCCUUUCUUCUGCCUUUCUCCUCCUUCAUUUGUUCUCCAUUUGUUGAGAGUUCUCUUUCAAUUGAAAACCCAAUCUAAGUUCUUCAUCAAGAAUCUAGAGUUUUCCAAAAUAAACAAAUAUAAAUUCGUAGAUAAAUAUCAGAAGCAACCUUAAGAGUAACCAUAGGAGAAUGCAGAUUAGCACAGCGGAGGAAAAUUUAGAUAAAAAAAAUGCAAAUCGGAGGAAAACAGUUGUUUCAGAUCUGGAGGAAGAUCCAAAUCUAUGAAGUCCCAACAUAACAAGGGCUCCGAUGUGGACCAUCGCGGCUCACUGAACUCCUUCGAAAAAGCGGAGGAGAAGAAAGUGGAGGAUCAAGAGAAGAGAAGUGAAUUUGCUGAGUUUGUUUAUUCUGUUAGCCUUAGUUUGGAUUGGGGAAGAUGAAGGUUGAAGGGGAAGGGAACGAGGGGAAGAUGCCUCCUUUUUGGUGCUUAGGUCACGGAUGUUAAUGGAGGAAGAACCCUCCACGUUUCUGUUUUCAAUUCCUCUUGGAGGGUUUAGUUCUGAAGUUCUCUGCAUUUAAUUUUGUAAAGGUCAAUAUAUAAAAAUAUUUUAU